UCAAUCGGAAACCCACCUUCACCAAGGAACCCAGCUAACCCAGAAACCAUUUACGGUUUUUAUUAUUGCAAUUCAAAUUCAGUGAUACUUUAGGAACUGAUAUCAUGUCAUGGCAAAGGUUUUCUAGUGGAAUCACCCUCAAUAAUUUGAAAAAUCUCGGGCGCUCCUCUCAUGAAUCCAGGUUUGUUCCUACUGUUUUAUGUCCAAAAUAUUACUUGCUCAAAGCUCAACUGAGUCCAGGCAAUGUUCUCACCAUGAUGCUUGGAGUCUAAUGCCAAGACAUGAAUUUAGCAUUGGAUCAUCUAAUAAGUCUUUUGGUUUCUGUCCUUUUUUCCAUCAGUACAUUUGGAGAUCUCCUUCUUUGCUAGGCAUUCAAUGGCAUUUUUCUUCUGAUGGAACAGGAAUCAAGAAAGAAGCUCUUAUACCUAACAGCACUGAUUUUAGUGAUGGUUGGACUUACUUAUGCAUCUGUCCCUUUGUGCUGGAGAUUCUGCCAAUCUACUGGGUAUGGAGGUAUCAUCCAACGUCAUGAGGUGAGGUUGAGAUGAUAAUUUUUCAUUUUUUUUCUUUGUUGUUGCUUUUAAUUAUAUUGGCAAUUUAUUCUUCCCUGAUUUGUUCACAAUACGACCUUCUUGUCUUUUAGACUGUUGAAGAAAAGAUUGCUAGGCAUGCAAAAGAUGGAACAGUCACAACCAGGUGCACUUCUGGGCCUCAGAUGUAAGGGCUUAUUUAAAACCUUGCCUUUGGUUAUUUAGUGGUGAUUCUAUUUUGAGAUAUAGUUCUUGUAUAACUUUUGGUUUUCAACUUUUUUAGACUAUUCUGUUCGACAUGUGGCAUACCAAACUAAGUGGACUUUAUUUAUACCAGACUUUAUCUUAUAACAAAUGUUGAUUAUAUCU